GUGAGAAAAAGAUGUCCUGUAAGAUAAAGAUUGAUUGGUUUCAAGACCGAAAGGGGUCUCCCACUUGUUAAUGACCCAGAAACAUUCCUGCCGACUUCCCUGAGCCUUCUCUCUUUUCCUCCAUUUUUCUUCUCCUCUGUUCUGUUCAUCAGCUGGCACAUCACUCCAUAGAGCAGAAGAUAUGCCGGGCUUCUGAUGAUGGCUGCACUGCAUGCAGCAGCGUGCAGGGUCAAAGACAGCCGGCCUCCCAUGUCAGUGGUCUAGGAUGGCCAGUGAAGCCACCAACAUCCCAAGUCCUGUGGUGCGCCAGAUUGACAAGCAGUUUCUGAUCUGCAGUAUAUGCCUGGAACGGUACAAGAAUCCCAAGGUUCUCCCCUGUCUGCACACUUUCUGCGAGAGGUGCCUGCAGAACUACAUUCCCGCCCACAGCCUCACCCUCUCCUGCCCCGUGUGCCGCCAGACCUCCAUCCUGCCCGAGAAGGGGGUGGCCGCGCUCCAGAACAACUUCUUCAUCACGAACCUGAUGGACGUGCUGCAGCGAACGCCGGGCAGUGACGCUGAGGAGUCCUCCAUCCUGGAGACGGUCACCGCGGUGGCUGCGGGAAAGCCUCUCUCUUGCCCAAACCACGAUGGGAAAGUGAUGGACUUUUACUGCCAGUCUUGCGAGACCGCCAUGUGUCGGGAGUGCACUGAGGGGGAGCAUGCGGAACACCCCACAGUCCCCCUCAAGGACGUGGUGGAGCAGCACAAGGCCUCGCUCCAGGUCCAGCUGGACGCCGUCAACAAAAGGCUCCCAGAAAUAGAUUCUGCCCUUCAGUUCAUCUCAGAAAUCAUUCAUCAGUUAACCAACCAAAAGACCAGCAUUGUGGAUGACAUCCAUUCUACCUUUGACGAGCUCCAGAAGACUCUGAACGUGCGCAAAAGUGUGCUGCUUAUGGAACUGGAAGUCAACUAUGGCCUCAAACAUAAAGUCCUUCAGUCGCAGCUGGAUACUCUGCUCGAGGGGCAGGAAAGUAUAAAGAGCUGCAGCAACUUCACGGCGCAGGCCCUCAACCAUGGCACGGAGACGGAGGUGCUGCUCGUGAAGAAGCAGAUGAGCGAGAAGCUGAACGAACUGGCCGACCAGGACUUCCCGCUGCACCCGCGUGAAAACGAUCAGCUGGAUUUUAUCGUGGAGACCGAGGGGCUCAAGAAGUCCAUCCACAACCUCGGGACGAUUUUAACCACCAACGCGGUCGCCUCCGAGACUGUGGCCACGGGCGAGGGGCUGCGGCAGACCAUCAUCGGGCAGCCCAUGUCCGUUACCAUAACGACGAAGGACAAAGACGGCGAGCUGUGCAAGACCGGCAACGCCUACAUCACCGCCGAGCUGAGCACGCCCGACGGCAGCGUGGCGGACGGGGAGAUCCUGGACAACAAGAACGGCACUUACGAGUUUUUGUACACUGUCCAGAAGGAAGGGGACUUCACCCUGUCGCUGCGGCUCUAUGACCAGCACAUCCGAGGCAGCCCGUUCAAGCUGAAAGUGAUCCGGUCGGCCGACGUGUCUCCCACCACCGAGGGCGUGAAGAGGCGCGUGAAAUCCCCGGGGAGCGGCCAUGUAAAGCAGAAAGCGGUGAAGAGACCCGCCAGCAUGUACAGCACUGGGAAGCGAAAAGAGAAUCCCAUCGAAGACGAUCUGAUCUUUCGAGUGGGUACCAAAGGAAGAAAUAAAGGAGAAUUUACAAAUCUCCAAGGGGUGGCUGCGUCUACAAGUGGAAAGAUACUAAUUGCAGAUAGCAACAACCAAUGUGUACAGAUAUUUUCCAAUGACGGCCAGUUCAAAAGUCGGUUUGGCAUACGAGGGCGCUCUCCUGGGCAGCUGCAGCGGCCCACAGGAGUGGCUGUGCAUCCCAGCGGGGACAUAAUCAUCGCAGACUAUGAUAAUAAGUGGGUUAGCAUUUUCUCUUCUGAUGGCAAGUUUAAGACAAAAAUUGGAUCCGGAAAGUUGAUGGGGCCCAAGGGAGUCUCUGUGGACCGCAACGGGCACAUCAUCGUGGUGGACAACAAGGCGUGCUGCGUGUUUAUCUUCCAGCCAAAUGGGAAGAUAGUCACCAGGUUUGGUAGCCGAGGAAAUGGGGACAGGCAGUUUGCAGGUCCCCAUUUUGCAGCUGUAAAUAGCAAUAAUGAGAUUAUUGUUACGGAUUUCCAUAAUCAUUCUGUCAAGGUGUUUAAUCAGGAGGGAGAAUUCAUGUUGAAGUUCGGCUCAAAUGGAGAAGGAAAUGGGCAGUUUAAUGCUCCAACAGGUGUAGCAGUGGAUUCAAAUGGAAACAUCAUUGUGGCGGACUGGGGAAACAGCAGGAUCCAGGUUUUUGAUGGAAGCGGAUCAUUUUUGUCCUAUAUUAACACAUCUGCUGACCCACUCUACGGCCCCCAAGGCCUGGCCCUAACUUCAGAUGGCCAUGUCGUGGUUGCAGACUCUGGAAACCACUGUUUCAAGGUAUACCGGUACUUACAGUAAUGAUGGGCAGCCGGACAGCCCCUUACAAAGGUCUUGCACUAUAAACUGGAAUGGAUUUCUCGACGCGGGACCAGAUUACACUAGACUUUCCUUGCUAGAAGGAAUCAUUGGUGAACUUUUCAAGGUUAUUUCUGAAUGUAACUAUUUCCUUAAAAACUGCAUAUCUGAUUUCUGUAUUUACCUUUUAGGGUUUAAAGAAAAAAAAUUCCUUCUACUGAAUCUAUGGAAAUGGCAAAGUUUUACACCUGUGAACUAUGGCUUAUUGGACAGGGAUUUAUGUAGUUGAACUGAUUUUGCAAAUCGAACAGACACUAAAACACAAAACAAAAAAAACCUGGACUAUUUAAAGGUAUUCAUUAAUCCUGUGAAUGGUAGCUUUUGUGCAGAGCUUCCAAAAACAAAACAAAAUCUAUUGUAGUUACAUACUUUAUUUAACUUUGGUUACAAGACCCGGGGGAUCUUCUAACUUCCCUUUUACAGUAGGUAUUACUCCUGUGACAUUUUUUGGGUUAUUGAUAAUUACACAUACAUUAGGAGGAAAACAAGACUGUCUUGCAGAAUCCUCCCAGCUGUGAUUAGGCAGUCCUCUUGAGUUUAGCACUUAAAAACCACUGCAAAUUUCCCAUCCUUUUUGGGUUAGAUCCAAGAUCCUUUUUGUGUGUUCUUUUCACCUUUUUCUCCCACUCACCUUGUAUCAAAAAACAAAGUCCAUUUUCAGGGAAACCUGAAAUUCCCAAUGCUUUGAAAAGCAUAUUACAAUAGCAAAUGCUACCUUUUAGUAAACAAACAGCCCCCUCAACUCCAGACUAAUGCACUAGAAUGUAAUCAAGAAAAAAUUAGCCACAUUUUAUGUGCCAAUGUUCUCACGUGUCUCUCCUCUUCCACUUCCUGAAAGCGAAAGCUUUACCUCCUGCAAAAUGUCAGCACAUGUAGUAGGACACCAGUAUCC